CUCAGGUUAGCUACCUGGCCAGCCAUGUCGUCCCCCUCCUCCUCCAGGCGCCAGUGGUGCUACCUGUGCGAUCUGCCUAAGAUGCCCUGGACUGUGGUAUGGGACUUCAGCGAGGUGGUUUGCCGUGGCUGUGUAAACUACGAGGGAGCUAAUCAGAUUGAAUUCCUGAUAGCGAGCGCCCGACAGCUGAAACGAACUCACGGGAUGCAGGACGGUAACGUCAGGUCACCUGGUCCCUCGCCCAAUAAACAUGGCACAUCUGGCAGAGGAGAGGCAGCGGCUGACGGAGGCAGGCCCCACGUCGACCGCUUCGACAGAGGAGGAAGAGGAGAAAGCACCGGGUCAGCUGUUCGUGUGCCGCCAAACGGGCUGCACCGUGACGGGCAGCCGCCUCAAGAGGUGAACCGUCAGAGCCCCAGCGGCAGCCGGAGACCCAUGCUUGGAGCUGCCAUCCCACCCAGUCUAGUAACUCAAAGUAUCGCAGGGAUUCCCCAUGGGCUACUUGCGGGCAUGCCAGCGGGCCUGACCGCCAGGACAGCCCCCAUGAGCAGCCCUAUGAUCUUCCCAGCCCCGGUGCUGGCCGAGAUGAGCCGCAGACAGCUGGGAAUAGGUAUGGGGAUAGCCCCAUUUAUCACUCCAGAGCUGGAGCGAGAGCUCAGUUCGUCCCAGAACCAGCCCAAGACACAGACGCAGGUCCACACAGCUGUGGCUGGCAGCAGCGCCAGCAAAAGUACAGGCCUCCCUUCUUCGUCCUCCUCCAUGGCGGGAGGUGUGAGCCAAACGAGCCCCAAGCCUGCCUCAUCUCCAGCCAGGCAGCCACGUCCCCUUGCUGCAAGGUCCGGAGGGGAGCCCCUGGGCUCCAGUACCUCAGCAGAGGCGGCCACCACAGCUGCAGCAUUACCCCACAGUGGUGCCUCUGAGUUGGGUUCAGCAUCCACCAGCAACACCCAUUCAACCGGAAACCCUCUGUCCUGCACCUUGUGUCACGAGAGGCUGGAAGACACACACUUUGUUCAGUGCCCAUCAGUGCCAGGGCAUAGGUUCUGCUUCCCCUGCACCAGAGUGUACAUCCAGAGCCGGCGGGGAGACGGGGAAGUGUACUGCCCCAGCGGAGAGCGGUGUCCGUUGGAUAACUCUCCCAACAGUCCCCCUUGGGCCUUCAUGCAGGGAGAGGUCUCCACCAUACUGGGCACUGCUGGAGCAGGAGCUGCAUCAGCUGCUGCAUCUGGAGCUGGGUCAGGGCCUGGAGCUGCAGCUGCAUCUGCAUCUGGUGCCGGAAGCGGAACUGCCAGCGGAGCCGGAUCUGGGAAUGGAGACAUCACUGUCAAGAAAGAGAGAGAGACGUGAUGGUGAUUUCCAUGGAAACCAAGUCCCAACACAGCAACAGAGUCGUAUCACAAACCAAAAGGAGAUGUCUGCACUGGACUGUUGAGAGAUCCAGAGGAGAGGCAACACAGCGACCCACAGUACAGAAAACCUCCAUUACACAGGUCUUAACUCCACCUACUCAUACCACCCAGUUUUAUCAACAUUAUCAGACCUGUCUGACUGAAGUUGCAAAGCCUGUCUUUAGAAAUGGUCAUUCAUUUUUAUCAAAUUCUACAGCUCUGAUGUACAGAGAAUGUGAAAUAAAAUUUCAUGAAUCAUUUUAAAUUACCCAGUGCAUCCAUUGCAUUGCGAGCUUACCCUCAUCUAUGUUCACUUCAGCAAACAGCAGAGAUCUUAGUAAAAUAAAACCACAACUUUAGAGUCAUAAUCAAGUGUUUAAAUUAAACUGGCCAUCAUGAUGGACUGUUGGAACCAGAUGUUCAGAACUAAUCAACAGCUGAACAGUGGCUACUUCUGUAAAGUUAGUAGUAAUUGUUGACACAACUGACCAAGCCCACAAUGUCACUGGCACCUAGCCCCUGUUAGCAGCUGGAAAUAUAUGGGCUGAAGCAACACAUAAGACAACACCAGUUUUCAACAACUUUUCCACAAACAAAAUCUCACACUAUUAGAAUCAUUUGGAAGAUGCUGCCAUUGCAUAAAAAAUUCAAGAUGCACUUUAAGACACAACCAUAGCCAACAGGACUACGAGAGUUUGGCCAGUAGUGUAUUAAUCUACUAUUGGCAUUGGUUUUAUUUGCUAUGUAGAGGGCAUAACUGCUGAUGGUAGGUUGUUAGGUAACCUAACAGAGGGACGUUUACUGUUUUAAUGACCUCUCAAACUCACAGAAAUUAGCCAUGGUGCAGUGUUUAUUGUAAUGGUACACUGAAUAUUUUGUUUGCACGGGAAAGCACAAAAGCUUGCUUCCACAGUUCCAACACAAACAUUGAAAUGCAGUAGCCACGGUUGUUAUGUAUCUUUUUCCUUGUUGAUGAACAAACUGGUGACUGCCAGCAUGCAGCAGGUGGUCAGAUCUCAGACUGUUCGCUGUAAAAUACAGGCUGUUCUGAGCCGAAACAAGUUGGAAAUUAUGUGUCUCAGACAAAAUUCCAUUUUCUCUGCCAAUGCUGGGUAUAAAUUAAAUAUUUGUGCUUCUACAAAUACAACUACAAUAACAACUGACAUAAAAUUGACAGUUAUGAUGACAAAGUGUACCUUAAAUUCUAAAUACAGAUUUAUUGUCUUUUAUUGUUUUAUGACUGAGUCUGUGUCCUGGUGCACAAUCAGAUUUUGAAGUUUAUUUUCAAACAAGUAGAAAAACUCUCCACUAAAACACCUAAACAUGCAAACCGAUGUGAGAUGUGGACAGAGUGCCGGCAGUGACAUUUCUCUGUACGUCUGUGCAUUUGUUUUUCGUCAGCUUUAAGCGAAGCUGAAAGAAGAAUGUUUGCUGUGUAAAAACGAGUCAUCUGUCAGAGCAUCAACCAGCCACAGAGACUCUGUGUAUGACUGUAUUUAAAUGUCGCUUUCAUAUAAGAUCCAGCCCAGCCUACGCUUUACCCCGAAUGUAUAUGAAAAGAUAUCUAUUGAUAGACCUAGGACUAUAUUUUAUACUAGAAUGUUAAAUGUUAUAUACUGUAUAGACCUAUGAUAGUAUGUAUGUGCAAUCCUUAGUCAUAGUAUAUGCAACAGUUUGGAAUAUGUAAUUAAAAAUGAUUGCAUAUAAUUUCUUAAACCUUUUGUUUUUUAAAGUGAGAACCCACCUAAAAGCAUAAUGAUUCAUCUGUGAUCCUGAAAGGUUCGAUAUCAUUCAUGAAUGAGUUUCUCCGAAAACUAGAAACAAGACAUCUUUUUCUAUGGAAUCAGUUUUAAAAAGUACAUUUUCGGUUUUGAAGUGAUCAGAGUUACAAUGAAAUGAAUCUUAUUUUGAUUUAAACAAACAACCACACAAGUCUUUUGAGCUUGCUUUCCAUUCAUAGUCAAUGGAACCAAUGUGGAUGACCAUGCACACCUGUUUGUCACCUUUUUCAGACUUAGUUUGAUAAACAUGUUAAGGGAUCAAAUGUUCCUAAAUUGAACAAUCCAGCAGUUACACACUCACAUGUUGAAAGUGAUUAGUUUUUGGUGGAUUCUCUCUUUAUGUGCAGUAUGUACUUGUCAGUACAGAAGCACAGACAAACCAAAGGUCAUUUUAUGCCCAAACUGAUGUUUCUGGAUGUAAAUGUUUUAUGGAAAAAUAAAUAUAUUGCUAUAUUUCUUGGCCAGGUGUUAACCUGUUUCCUUCAUCAAGCCGUUACAGUUUACAGGCCCAUGUGGUCUACUGUACUCAUGGGAUUUUACAUAUAAAAGUCUAUUGUAUUCAGCAGAUGCUUAUAUAGGCCUUCUAUAUUGAGAGAAUAUCCCACAGAUCAGGUCUGUUGUAGAGAAAUGUCUUUGAAGAAGUGGAAUUUAAGUUUAAUAUGCACUGAUACAUCAUGCAAUCCCUUGUUAAGUGCCUUUUUUAAAAUGUUUACCGCCUGUUUGUGUGUCUGGGAACCUCAGGGGAAGUAGGAGUGCAAUGGCUUUUUUAUUGUCUAGUCAAUGAUUAACCUGAAUCUGUUUCCCUUCAAUCGCCAUCAGACGUCUUUUGCUUUAAUCUGAAGCCUUUGUAAAGUGGGUAGGCCAUUCAUUGUUUGGAUAUGGUCUCUCCUCGCCUCUCUCUCUAUGUUGAGUUUCUUUUCAUUUAUGUGUUCUGUUUAGAUCUGUUGGUUUUAUUGCAGCUUCAUGUACAAAAUAGAAACCAGGAAUAAAUGGGAUGGAAACUUGUA